AUGAAGAACACAAUGCGAGACCACAGCGAUGGCUCUGAUAUCUCAGACCACUCCCCCUCAGCCUCCAAACCAGCCUUCAACCACAUCGAGCAGAUCCACACCAACGAGCAAGUCCCCGGGCAUACCAACUACUACGAGAAAGAUGGCUUGCGCACAGCUGGCGACGGCGAGGACCACGAUGCCGAGCAGCCCAUGAACUUUAAAAGGUUGAUGGCGUUGGUCGCUAUGGCUUUCCUAUGGACAGGCAGCCAAAUCCCCGUCUACCUCUUCGGCGGCGUCCCCCCCUACAUCUACGCCGACAUAGGCGGCACAGACCGCUGGAUCUGGUUCAUCCUCGCCAACCUCCUCUCCCUCGCCGCCGUCUGCCCCUUCGUCGGUUCCAUCUCCGACAUUGUCGGCCGCCGGUGGGUCGCCAUGAUCGGCGCGUGCUUCCUGAUUCUCGGCAUGAUUAUCUGCUCAACCGCACAUUCCAUGAAUAUCUUCAUUGCAGGAAUGGUGUUUAGCGGUGUGGGCGCGGGGAUCAACGAGCUUACGGCGUUGGCGGUGACGAGUGAGCUUGCGCCGACGAGUCAGAGGGGAAAGUAUGUUGCGAUAUUGGUUUUUACGAUUUUGCCGUUUUGUCCGAGUGUGCUUUGGGCGCAGCUUAUUGCUAGUCAGAGUCCGGGGGCGUGGAGGUGGAUUGGGAUGUGGUGUGGUCUCUGGGCUUUCAUCGGCCUCGUCCUAACGGCGGUGUUCUACCACCCUCCUCCUCGCGUCAACAGCGUGGGCAUGAGCCGCAGAGAGGUGCUCGCGCAGAUCGACUACAUCGGCGGUUUCUUGUCCGUUGCUGGUAUGAUCUUGUUCAUGAUGGGUAUGCAGUGGGGUGGCUACCAGUACAAGUGGUCCAGCGCACACGUUCUCGCGCCCUUGAUCCUGGGUGUCGCUUUCCUCGUCGCCUUUGUUUUCUGGGAAGCUUACGGAGCCAAACAUCCCAUGUUCCCUAAGCGUCUUCGUCAAGAGCCCCGGAUCCUUGGUCUGACACUCGUCAUUACGUUCAUCUCCGGAGCUAACUUCUUCUCUAUUCUCAUGUUCUGGCCAACCCAGGCGUUCAACGUUUACGGUCAUGAUCCCGUUGGUGUUGGUAUCCGAGGUAUUCCGGUUGGAUUCUCGAUCCUCGCUGGUGCUUGCAUUGUGCUAUGGUUGCUUUCAUUGCUCCGCGGUCACAACAAGGAGCUUUUGAUCGUUUCGUCGAUCAUGAUGACUGCAGGCUGCGGUGCUCUGUCUAUCGGUCGCGUGGACAACUUGUACCAGCUAUGGGGAUUGCUGGUUCUCGCCGGUCUCGGUAUUGGUGGUAUCGUCGUGCCUGCAUCUAUUAUCUCCACCAUUAUCUGCCCAGACGACCUCAUCGCAACAAUCGCAGCUCUGACCCUUGCCAUCCGCGUCAUCGGUGGUUCGAUCGGAUACUGCGUGUACUACAACGUCUUCAUCUCCAAAUUUGUUCCCUCCGCAACCUACUACAUUGGCGGCGUGAUGGUGACCAAACUCAACAUCACAUCCCCAGAGAUCAUUGGAGAAGCAAUCGCCAUCACCGGCGGAUCGCUUCUCCCGCUUCUUCAUGAGCUUCCGGGUAUCAAGGACGUGCCGGGUGCGUACGAAUUGGUUGUUUAUGCUGGACAGCUCGCGUACGCAGAGGCGUACAAGUACGUGUACUACGUGAGCAUAGCGUUCGGCGGAGUCAGCAUCAUCGCGGCAUGCUUCUUGGGCGACAUUUCCAAGUACAUGGACGACCACGUCGCUGUGGUCAUGCAUUGA